AUGGGCAAGGACACGGACCUAGUCCAAACCAAGAGUAAGGCCUGCCAUUUGGCCGUGGAUAGGGAAGAAAGUUAUGCCAUGUUCACCAAUGAAGAUUGGAGAAGCCUAUUCGUGCAAUACCUAACAAAAGGCGUCUUGCCACAGAAGCAUAGUGAAAGAUAUAAACUCAGGAAGCUAGCUACCCGCUACUUCCUACAUAAGGGAAUUCUUUUCAAAAAUGGAUACGAUGGGGACCCAUUACAAUGUUUAGGUCCCGAAGAGGCCGGAGAAAUGUUAAAGGAAGUACAUACAGGGGAAUGUGGAGAGCACCUAGGAAAGAAUAAGCUAUAUUGGUGCAUGCUGCAGAUGGGUUAUUACUGGCCCACUAUGAAAGGGGAUGCGGCAGAAUUAGUGAAAAAAUUUCACAACUACCAAGUGCAAGCUAAUUUGAUUCACACCCACCCGCAAAGCAUACAUAGCAUGGUCACCUCAUGGCCCUUUCACAAUUAG